AGCUCCCACAGACUGACGGCGGCGGCGUGCCGUGCGGCGUCCCACCUGGCCGUGAGCUGUAGCUUGGAGCGGGACCAGGAGCAGGAUGCAGGGCCGGGCCGGCAAAGCCCCCAAGAGGGAGAUGGUGAUCGAGUCCCCGCAGCAGUACAAGAGCCUGGCGGAGAUCGAGGCGGAGGUGGAGGCUGGGUCACAGGUGGCAGCGGUGAAGCCGAAGAUCAUCGAGCCUCUGGACUACGAGAACGUGCUGGUCCAGAGGAAAACUCAGAUCAUCAGCGACGUUCUGCGGGACAUGCUGCAGUUUCCCACCGACGACUUUGAGAUCUCCACCCUGCGGCGCCAAGGCCGGACCCUCUUCUCCACCGUGCCAGAGACUGCCGAGAAAGAAGCUCACUCCCUGUUUGUCCAGGAGUGUAUCAAAACCUACAAGUCGGACUGGCACGUGGUCAACUACAAGUAUGAGGAGUAUUCUGGAGACCUCCGCCAACUCCCAAAUAAGGUGGUGCGGCCGGACAAGCUGGCGCCUCACCUGUUCGAAGUGGACGAAGACGUGGAGAAAGACGAGGACACGGCCUCGCUGGGAUCUCAGAAGGGAGGAGUGUCCAAACACGGCUGGCUGUACAAAGGCAACAUGAACAGCGCGAUCAGCGUGACCAUGCGGUCCUUCAAGAGGAGGUACUUCCACCUGGCUCAGCUGGGCGACGGAUCCUACAACCUCAACUUCUACAAAGACGAGAACACCUCCAAGGAGCCCAAAGGGACCAUCUUCCUGGACUCCUGCAUGGGGGUCGUCCAGAACGGCAAAGUGCGCCGGUUCGCCUUCGAGCUGAAGAUGCAGGACAAGAGCACGUUCCUGCUGGCGGCCGACGGCGAGGCGGAGAUGGAGGAGUGGAUCUCCACCCUCAACAAGAUCCUGCACAGCAGCUUCGAGCAGGCCAUGCAGGAGAAGAGGAACGGGGACCUGCACGACGAUGAGGAGCACGGAAAAACAGACCUUUCCUCCGGAAGUUUUCAAGACACCUUCCAGACUGCGAGGGAUAUCGAGUCUAAAAUGCGGAGUGAAGCCCGACUCAAGCUGUUCAGUCUGGACCCGGACACACAGAAGCUGGACUUCUCCGGCAUCGAGCCGGACGUGCGGCAGUUCGAGGAGAAGUUCGGGAAGAGGGUCCUGGUCAGCUGCAACGACCUGUCCUUCAACCUGCAGGGCUGCGUGGCCGAGAACGAGGAGGGGCCGACCACCAACGUGGAGCCUUUCUACGUGGUCCUGUCGCUCUUCGACGUCCAGAACGGCAGGAAGAUCUCGGCGGACUUCCACGUGGAUCUCAAUCACCCGCUGGUGCGACAGAUGACGUCCGGUCACGGCAGCAAGCCGGAGCUGCAGAUCAACGGCGGCGGCGGCAGUGACGGGCCCUUCAGGGGCCGCCUGGCGGCCAACGGGCUCCCGGAGGGGGCGAUCCAGUACCCCAGGCAGGUGUUCUCCGUCACCUGCCCGCAUCCGGAGAUCUUCCUGGUGGCGAGGAUCGAGAAGGUCCUCCAGGGCGGGAUCACGCACUGCACCGAGCCCUACACGAAGAGCUCCGACUCAGCCAAGAUCGCUCAAAAGGUGCUGAAGAACGCCAAGACGGCCUGCAGCAGACUGGGACAGUACCGGAUGCCGUUCGCCUGGGCCGCCAGGCCUGUUUUCAAAGACGCGUCAGGCGUUCUGGACAAAAGCGCUCGCUUCUCGGCUCUCUACCGGCAGGACAGCAGCAAGCUGUCAGACGAGGACAUGUUCAAACUGCUCACCGACUUCAGAAAGCCGGAGAAAAUGGCCAAACUCCCCGUGCUGCUGGGGAACUUGGACGUUACUAUCGACAGCGUGGCUCCGGAUGUAACCAAUUGCGUCACCCCCUCCUACAUCCCGGUGCGGGGCUUCGAGGGGAACGGGCCGGGCGGCGCCCUGCUGGAGGUGGAGGAGUUCGUGCCCUGCAUCGCCAAGUGCUCCCAGCCGUUCACCAUUUACAAAAACCACCUGUACGUGUACCCCCGACACCUCAAGUACGACGGGCAGAAGUCUUUCGCGAAGGCGAGGAACAUCGCCGUCUGCAUCGAGUUCAAGGACUCCGACGAAGACGAGGCUCAGCCGCUGAAGUGCAUCUACGGGCGUCCGGGAGGGCCUCUGUUCACCAAGCAGGCGUACGCGGCCGUGCUGCACCACCAGCAGAACCCCGAGUUCUACGACGAGAUAAAGCUGGAGCUGCCGACGCAGCUGCACGAGAAGCACCACCUGCUUUUCACCUUCUACCACGUCAGCUGCGACAGCAACAGCAAGAAGAAGGACCUGGUGGAGGCUCCAGUGGGUUCGGCCUGGCUGCCUCUGCUCAGAGACGGCAGAGUCAUCAUGAGCGAGCAGCAGCUCGCCGUGGCCGCCAACCUGCCCGCCGGCUACCUCAGCUCGCAGGACGGCGUCGGCAAGCACUCGGGACCGGAGGUCAAAUGGGUCGACGGAGGGAAGCCCCUCUUCAAAGUCUCCACUCACCUUGUUUCGACGGUUUACACUCAGGAUCAGCACUUGCACAACUUCUUCCACCACUGCCAGAGCAUGGAGGUGUCGGCUCAGGCGUCAGAGGGCGAGCUGGUGAAAUACCUGAAGAGCCUCCACGCCAUGGAAGGUCACGUGAUGGUCAACUUCCUCCCCACCGUCCUCAACCAGCUGUUCUGCGUCCUGACCAGAGCCACGCACGAGGACGUGGCCGUCAAUGUGACCAGGGUGAUGGUCCACGUGGUGGCGCAGUGCCACGAGGAGGGACUCGAACAUUACCUGAGGUCGUACGUCAAGUUUGUGCUGAAGCCCGAGACGUACUCGUCCGCGGCGGUGAAGACGGUCCACGAGGAGCUGGCCAAAGCCAUGACGGCCAUCUUGAAACCCUCCACCGACUUCCUGACCAGCAACAAGCUGCUGAAGCACUCGUGGUACUUCUUCGAGGCGCUGGUGAAGUCCAUGGCUCAUUACCUGAUGGAGACCGGGAAGGUGAAGCUCUCCCGGAACCAGCGGUUCUGCGCCUCCUUCUACCACGCCGUGGAGACCCUGGUCAACAUGCUGAUGCCGCACAUCACGCAGAAGUACAAAGACAACCUGGACGCCGCUCGCAACGCCAACCACAGCCUGGCUGUGUUCGUCAAGCGCUGCUUCACCUUCAUGGACAGAGGCUUCGUGUUCAAGCAGAUCAACAACUACAUGAACUGUUUCAUUCCCGGAGACCCAAAGACUUUGUACGAGUUCAAGUUCGAGUUCCUGCGAGUUGUCUGCAACCACGAGCACUACGUCCCCCUCAACCUGCCCAUGCCCUUCGGAAAAGGCAGAAUACAGAGGUUCCAAGACCUGCAGCUGGAUUACUCUCUGACCGACGACUUCUGCCGAAACCACUUCCUGGUGGGCCUGCUCCUGAGGGAGGUGGGCGGAGCCCUGCAGGAGUACAGGGAGAUCCGUCUGAUCGCCAUCCAGGUGCUGAAGGGCCUGAUGAUCAAGCACACGUUCGACGACCGCUACGCCGCCAAAAGCCAGCAGGCCCGCCUGGCCACCCUCUACCUCCCUCUGUUCGGCCUGCUUCAGGAGAACGUGUACAGACUGGACACCAAAGAGCCCGCUCCCCUCAGCAGCCACGGCAACUUGAGGGAGGACUCUCUGGCACCCGCCUCCAUGGUGACGCCUCAGAAACCCGGGAGCUGCAUCGAGAACGCUCUCCACAAGGACGUGUUCGGAGUCAUCUCCGGAACAGCCUCGCCUCACAGCUCCACUCCCAACGUCAGCUCGGUCAACCACGCCGACUCCAGAGGGUCUCUGAUCUCCACCGACUCCGGAAACAGCCUGCCGGACAAGAGCCUCGACAAAACCAACUCCCUGGAAAAGAAUCAGUGUGCGGCGGGGAACACGGUGCUGCGCUGCGACAAGCUGGACCGCGACGAGAUCAGAAACCUGCUCAUGUGCUUCCUGCACAUCCUGAAGAGCAUGUCUGAAGAGGCUCUGUUUGCCUACUGGAACAAGGCGGCGCCGUCCGAGCUCACGGACUUCUUCACAUUAAUCGAGCUCUGCCUCCAUCAGUUCAGAUACAUGGGGAAGAGAUUCAUCGCCAGGGCGGGGAUCCUGCACGCCCGCCUGCAGCAGCUGGGGAGUCUGGAGAACGCACACACCUUCAACAACAUGUACUCCCACACGGAGGCGGACGUGAUCAGCCAGUGCCUGCUGGAGGCCAACGUGUCCACGGAGGUCUGCCUGACCGUGCUGGACACGCUCAGCAUCUUCAUCAUGGGAUUCAAGACGCAGCUGAACUCCGACCUGGGACACAACCCGCUCAUGAAGAAGGUUUUCCAGGUGCACCUGUGCUUCCUGCAGAUCCACCAGUCUGAGGCUGCCCUCAAACAGGUCUUCACUUCCCUCAGGACCUUCAUCUACAAGUUCCCGUGCACGUUCUUCGACGGCCGGGCCGACAUGUGCGCCUCUCUGUGCUACGAGAUCCUCAAGUGCUGCAACUCCAAGCUGAGCUCCAUCCGCAGCGACGCCGCCCACCUCCUCUACUUCCUCAUGAAGAGCAACUUCGACUACACCGGCCGCAAGUCCUUCGUGCGAACGCACCUGCAGGUGGUCAUCGCCGUCAGCCAGCUGAUCGCGGACGUCAUCGGCAUCGGGGGGACCCGCUUCCAGCAGUCGCUCUCCAUCAUCAACAACUGUGCCAACAGCGACAAGAGCAUCAAGCACACGGCGUUCCCCUCCGACGUGAAGGACCUGACCAAGCGGAUCAGGACGGUGCUGAUGGCCACGGAGCAGAUGAAGGAGCACGAGAACGACCCGGAGAUGCUGGUGGACCUCCAGUACAGCCUGGCCAAGUCCUACACCAGCACCCCCGAGCUGCGCAAGACCUGGCUGGACAGCAUGGCCCGCAUCCACCACAAGAACGGAGACCUGUCGGAGGCCGCCAUGUGUUACGUGCACGUCGCCGCUCUGGUGUCGGAGUACCUUUGGAGGAAAGGAAUGUUCCGGCAGGGCUGCUCGGCUUUCCGCGUCGUCACCCCGAACAUCGACGAGGAGGCGGCCAUGAUGGAGGACGUGGGGAUGCAGGACGUCCACUUCAACGAGGAGGUGCUGAUGGAGCUGCUGGAGGAGUGCGGAGAAGGCCUGUGGAAGGCGGAGCGCUACGAACUCAUCGCCGACGUCUACAGGCUGAUCAUCCCCAUCUACGAGCAGCGCAGAGACUUCGAGAAGCUGACGCGCCUGUACGAGACGCUGCACCGCGCCUACACCAAAGUGAUGGAGGUCAUGCACUCGGGCAAGAGGCUGCUGGGAACGUACUUCAGAGUGGCUUUCUUCGGACAGGCUGCGGGUUUCUUCGAGGACGAGGACGGGAAGGAGUACAUUUACAAGGAGCCCAAGUUCACGCCGCUCUCCGAGAUCUCCCAGAGGCUCCUCAAGCUGUACUCCGACAAGUUUGGCCAGGAGAACGUCAAGAUCAUCCAGGACUCUGGCAAGGUCAACCCCAAGGACCUGGACUCCAAGUACGCCUACAUCCAGGUGACCCACGUGACGCCCCACCUGGACGACAAGGAGCUGGAGGAGCGCAAGACCGACUUCGAGAAGAGCCACAACAUCCGGCGCUUCGUGUUCGAGACGCCGUUCACCGUGUCGGGCAAGAAGCAGGGCGGCGUGGAGGAGCAGUGCAAGCGGCGCACCAUCCUCACCACCACGCACUGCUUCCCCUACGUGAAGAAGCGGAUCGCCGUCAUGUACCAGCACCAGAGCGACCUGAGCCCCAUCGAGGUGGCCAUCGACCAGAUGAGCGCCAAGGUGGCCGAGCUGCGCCUGCUCUGCUCCGCCGCCGAGGUGGACAUGAUCCGGCUGCAGCUCAAGCUGCAGGGCAGCAUCAGCGUGCAGGUGAACGCCGGUCCUCUCGCUUACGCCCGAGCCUUCCUGGACGACAGCAGUGCCAAAAAAUACCCCGACAACAAAGUCAAGCAGCUCAAAGAGGUCUUCAGGCAGUUUGUGGACGCCUGCGGUCAGGGCCUGGGGGUGAACGAGCGGCUGAUCAAGGAGGACCAGCAGGAGUACCACGACGAGAUGAAGGCCAACUACAGGGACCUGACCAGGGAGCUGUCCAGCAUCAUGCACGAGCAGAUCCACCCCGUGGAGGACGGCUCCAGGAGCGCCCUGUCGGACUCCGUGGGCAUCUUCCACGCCAUCAGCGGCACGCCGGGCGGCUCCGGGAGCGUCCUCUGACGCCCGCCGGCCGACUCCCCCCUGCUCCGCCUUUGUUUCCUAUGGAGACCCCCCCCCCCCCCUCUGGCAGGACUGCGGUCGGAUUUCUCGGUCCGGCCCCUCUUUUAAAACAGGAACGCUGCUGCUGUAGCCUGGCACACACACACACACACACACACUCCCAUGCAGUAUUUUUUACGCUCCUCUUUUGUACUCCCCUCCCGCGGCUCAGCUACAGCAGACGUGUUCUUCGCUCUCUCUCCCCUCUAUCCCAGGCCAACGGACGUGUAUAAAAUCUGUCUGAAGCCAAGCGAAGCGUAAUGUUUGAACCUAUUUUCUGUAAGAAAAACCAAAAAGAAAAAACAAGAAAGUGUGCAAUUUUUUUUUUCUAUUAAGGCUACCUACUGCACAGAUACCCCCCUCCUCCUCCUCCUCCUCCUCCUCCUCCACCCUUCUUGCCAAAGACACUAA